ACCUGGCAAACCUGACCAUCGCUCCCGGGCUGCCUCAAGGGUUGCGGCUCUCAAUUUUGUAAGUCGAAUAAAAUAGAUAUUGGCAUACUGCUGACGAAAAGUCUGUUCAUUGAGAAUGUACGGGUUCUCAGCGUCAGACACUUCAGUGUACUCGGCUGUCUUUCUCAAAAUCUCGUCCGGCACCGUAAAGUCUUGAUCGGAAGGGGUGGAGAGCAAUGGUUCCUUCCUGUGCAAUGCAUCAGACAACAGCAAUUAAGGUUGGUAUAUGAGAAUAUAGGAUCACUUACCCGUCUUGACUGUGCCCGUCAUCCAUCGCGUGCAUGAUGUCGGAUUUGGAACGUCAGAACAAACUACAAUUGUCAACGCGCGCGCCUGGCUUUCGCCGUUUUUGUCCAAGAUUUUGCCCAAAUUUUGUGACCGCGACUGUUCGAGCACUCCAACCUUCCAAUGGCCAAAGGCACACUGGACAAAAUUCAGAAUGCCAUCAUAACCACCGUCAACUUCUCACCGGUUGUGCUGGUUGCUCUUCUAGUUUCUUGGAGCUAUCUCGCAUACAAUUUAAGCUUUUGCUGGACUUUGAUAGCUGAUGGAAAUGUCCUUCAAGGCAUUGCAUACCUAGUCAUAUUCCAACCGGUAUCAGUGAUGAUGGUGUGGUCUUAUAUAGUAGCUGUCCGAACUUCACCGGGCUAUACUGCCAAUUUCCCUUUAGCUUCACCCAACUUGACACAACAAGAGGAUGAGACCCCAGCCGGUAUCAGUCAGAGUUUAGGAGCAGAUGUUGGUAUGCAGCCAUUAUUACAACGAGGAUCUCGGCCAAGUACAGUCAUGGUCAAGCGAGAUGGAAGAGCACGAUUCUGUCAAAAGUGUAAUUUACCGAAAUACGACCGAACACAUCACUGUCGAACAUGCAAAAAAUGUGUCUUGAAAAUGGACCAUCAUUGUCCAUGGCUGAACAAUUGCAUUGGCCACCAAAACCACAAACCUUUUUAUCUCUUUCUAGUCUAUUGCAGCUUAUACUGCAUCAUCAUCUUUGCUACUACUCUUCCAGAGACACUCAGGAUGGUCAAUCAGCCAUUGGGUCUGUUCGGUCUGGACUUGAAUUGGCCUUUUCUGGUGUUCUUCUCGGGUCUGUUUGGCCUCUUUUUAGUACCCUUCACAGGCUUCCACACCAAUCAAUUAAUGCAAAAUCGUACAACCAUCGAAUCUUACGAACGAUCCAACUUUAUCAUGGGGCAUCGAAGAAACCGGGAUGUCCUGACAAGCCGAUAUUUUAAUGCCUGGAACCUUGGUAGAAAGGAGAAUGUUAUGCAGGUGUUAGGACCCAAAGUUUCAAACUGGUUUAUUCCGACCGGCAAACCAGAAGGCGACGGUACGACAUAUCCACUCAGUUCUUAUGCGUAUGAUACUUUGGUAGAGGAAGAAGAUGUAUCUGAUGGUGGUCGGGAUUUGGAGCGACAGUAGGCUAGGAGACCAUUAGUGUAGUAACCAAAAAGUAGAACGGCUUUGUUCAUAUACCAUAUCUAAAAUUAAAUAGCAGUUGUUGAGCAGAAACCAGCAAGUUAUAUAAAAACUCAAUUAAGUGAAAAGAAACAAUACGAA